AUGAUGCUCUUAUUCAAGGUAAGCAUUGGGACCUUAUGGACGCAACAACUUCACUACAAACAAUUAGACGUGAUUCACCUACAAUUCGAGUACUUUGGCGAGCUGCUGCAGCAAACAUUGUCAGGACUCACUUAUUUGAAGCAAUACUUUCCCAGUCCCUCAUUUGAUGAGGCAUACAAUCGUUUCUGCAGUAUGGCACAUUACUUCCUUUACUAUUCGGUAAUUGUUAGUCGGCAACCGCCGUCUGUGGUCGUCAAAUGCGGCGAAGCGGAAAAUCAUCGGCGGAGUCGAUUUUGGUUCAACACCGAAAUAAGGGUACUCGGCGGCCAGGCUUUUGGUGUGGAAGCAGUUGGUGAAGGAGCCGAAGUGAAAUGCUACCUGAUCACGGACGACACAGCGAAACAACUGCUGAACAACGCUUAUUUGGAAAUAUUCGAGUCUGAAGAAUUUUGCAUUGAACCACCAUCGGCGGCAUUUCAAAAGAAGGAUACUCGAGGAUUGAGAGCGAAAUUCGAUGACAUGGUAAGUAUUUUCCCUAGUAACCUAUCUCACUAA